UCACGGACGACCCAGCAGUGCAGAGCAGCAGUGACUCCAGCUCCAGUUCUGGAGGCCCAGAAGUCCAAGAUCAAGGCCAUUUAAGUUUCAGUUGAGGACCCGCUUCCUGGUUUAUAGAUAUCAGCUUCUUCCUAUAUCUUUACAUGGCGUACUUUGACUUUUACGAGGGGCCUUUUGAAUACAACUCCACAAGAUGCCUGGAGCUGAGGCACGAGAUCCUGGAAGUGAAGGUGCUGUCCAUGGUGAAGCAGUCGGAGCUGUUCGACAGGUGGAGGAGCCUCCAGAUGUGCAAAUGGGCGAUGAACAUCUCCGAGGCCAACCAGUUCAAGUCCACUCUGUCCAGGUGCUGCAACGCCCCCUCCUUUCUCUUCACCACCCAGAAGAACACUCCCCUGGGGACGAAGCUCAAGUACGAGGUGGACACGAGCGGCAUCUACCACAUCAACCAGGAGAUCUUCCGCAUGUUCCCCAAGGACAUGCCCUACUACCGGUCGCAGUUUAAGAAGUGUGCGGUGGUGGGCAACGGAGGCAUCCUAAAGAACAGCCGCUGCGGCAGGGAGAUCAACAGCGCCGACUUUGUCUUCCGGUGCAACCUGCCCCCCAUCUCAGAGAAGUACAUGGUGGAUGUGGGGGUGAAGACAGACGUGGUCACCGUGAACCCCAGCAUCAUCACUGAGAGGUUCCACAAGCUGGAGAAGUGGCGGCGGCCCUUCUACCGUGUGCUGCAGGUGUACGAGAACGCGUCCGUGCUGCUGCCCGCCUUCUACAACACGCGCAACACCGACGUGUCCAUCCGCGUCAAGUACGUGCUGGACGACUUCGAGUCGCCGCAGGCCGUCUACUACUUCCACCCGCAGUACUUGGUCAAUGUGUCGCGCUACUGGCUCAGCCUGGGCGUGCGCGCCAAGCGCAUCAGCACCGGCCUCAUCCUGGCCACCGCGGCGCUCGAGCUCUGCGAGGAGGUGCACCUGUUCGGCUUCUGGGCCUUCCCCAUGAACCCGUCGGGCCUCUACAUCACCCACCACUACUACGACAACGUCAAGCCACGCCCCGGCUUCCACGCCAUGCCCUCCGAGAUCUUCACCUUCCUGCACCUGCACAGCCGGGGCAUCCUCCGCGUGCACACGGGCACCUGCAGCUGCUGCUGACGCCCGCCAGGCUGCUGGGCAAACUGGAUGCCCCUAGCCGGGCGGUGUGGGGACCUGGCGUUACCCCCGUCACCCUUCAGUAGUUCAGCUUUGUGCUUGGGUCUCGGGGUAGGGAGGCAGGGACAGGGGCCCAGGCAGAGGCAACUCUGUGCUCAGCCUCCCAGACCUGGCCUCCGCCCUGUGCCUCCACCUGCCCAGAGCUAGCAUGCUGCGGGGCCACAGGAUCGGGGCGCUGGGGGUUGCAAGUAGAUAAAGCACAUUUCCACCCAAUUUUGUCAUCGGAGAGAGCACAAACUGUAGGCCCUCGAUGCAGCUAAAGGAAGCCCUCCAGAGAAUGGAACAGAGGGAGGACACAGGACAUGCGACAGGACACUUGAGCACAAUCAGGAUUUCAUUCAGACUUUUGGGGUCCUGAGUUUUAUAUCAAGGACUUAGCUACGAAUUGCUAUCUAGAACCUCAGAGCUUAGAGGCCAACCCUGUGGCCAGACUUUCCAGUGAAGAAGGAAGGUCUCAGAGGUCCAGGAACUGAACAGACAAGCCACACCACCUGACAUCUGUCAAGUGACACUGAGAGAUCCAACGCAAGGCUUGUGUUAGGAUCUCUUCUGAGGACCCCCACAGCCUUUCAGACACAUCCUCAGACACUCACACACAGUCUUGGUGCCUCCAGGUUCAACCCUGCGUUUGAUCUUUCGAUGAGAAGGAAAUAAACUAGACCAGCCAUUUGCACUACGGUUUCCAAGCCAGUGUUAUCGACUUGAUAAGUGCUUAGCAAUUUGCUUCCUCGUCUGUCUAUUUUCAGCUCCAUUUAAACCAGGAGUUAUUUAUAAAGAUCUGUUCCUCUUAUGUCCCUGAAUACUGCGGAAUCCUGCUGUAUCGUGUUCCUCAGUUGGAACCAUGAGGCUCUGGGCUGGAAAAUGCUGCCUGUCACGCGGUGAGCUUAGUGAAUGGAAGCAAGUCGUGACCUUCAACACCAGCAUCACUGAGGUUUCUGCUGGGAAGGGAGGAUUUCCCACGGUGCACGCCCGGGGCCUUCGUACACAAGGAUCCCCAGGGCCUGAGCUUGGGGAAGUCAGCUGGCCCUAGGCUGAGAGAGGCUCACAAGUCAUUUCACAUCUGAAAUUCAUUCCCUUUGCUUCCCCCUAUGGUGUUUCUGCCAUUAGUACGAUGGUCACCAUUGCUGAAUUGCCUUAGGGCUUAGCUUGGUAGAAUCAUAAAUGUUAGCGCUGGGAGGACUUCAGCCCACCUGCCUGGCCUCUUCUCUCCUUCCUUCCCUCCCUCCCUUUUUUCUGCUCUCCCUUAUUCCCUCCCUCUCUUAAACAUUUCUGAAAAGCCUCUUCUUUGGUCUGUGGGUUGGGCUUGGGAAGAUACGAUGACAAAGAAAGGCAUUACCUCUGUCUUCUGGGGUGGAGGGCAGACCCAGGCCCACGUGCUGGGUGCUCUGAGGAUUAGGAGCAGGGAGAACAUAGCAGGGGGCAGAACCUUCCUUUGGGUCACCUCAGUUUACAGGCAAAGCCACGAGCGCAGUGGUGCCGGGCAGAGGAGAGCGCAGGCUCUGUCCCAGGCCUCCAGGCUUCUGGUCCAGGGCUGCUUUCUUGGCCAGACCUCUUUGUCUUGCUUGUGUUUCCUAUUGGUGGGCUGUUGUGGAGCUCGUGCACCCUGCACAGCAUUGUUCUAGAUGCUGACUCUCACCUGCACCCUGCUCUAGUCUUUACUGAGAAAACCUCAGGCUGCUCUGAGCCUCAGUCUGCUGAUCUGUAAUGUAAGAGAGUAGCCAAGAAGACAAAGUGGGCCCAAACACGUGGUCAUCUGGGAAAGACGACACCAGGACAGUGGGUGGUUGUUGCUUUCUUGAGCUCUGCCUGUUUCUCCCAAGGAAAGAACUUCUGGGAAAGAUUCCAGUUCACUGAGAUUUCCAGCCACUGUUCGUGGUUAAUUGCGCCCAGUUCUCGAAACCACAGAAUGUCAAAACUGAGAGCCGGUUAAAGACCAUUGUGUCCCACUUAAGGAACCAGGCCCAGAACAGGGAUGUGACCUGGGUUGAGUCAUGCCUGGGGCUCUACCGGGUGCCUGCUCUGGACAGAACUCUCUACUGGAAGUGCUCUGGGUAAUAUUUAUGUUCCAGAUGGGGCAGGAGGCUCCGUAGGUCAGACAGCAAGUUUCCCAUAGCCGAGGGGGUUGAGUGGAAUCGGCUCCAGCCAGGGCCCUCCCAGGAGCUGGGCAUGGAGUACCGGGAUCUGUCCCAUGUCAGGUCUGGGACACCUGGCUUGUGGCCGUAUUUCUGCCUGUGGGUCUUAGGGCAAUUCCCUCCUCUCCCUCAGGGUCUCAGUGUCCUCAUGUCUACAGCUAGAAGCUUAGUAAAGACUCUAGGGUCUCUGCAACCUCCAUUUGUUUUCGGAGAUGUUCAUGAUGUAUGGAUCUAAGCCAUAAGUAACAUUUAUUAUUAUAAUAACCAGGAUUUACCAUGCUCCCGUUCUGUGCCAGGCCCUUCAUUACCUCCUGUAACGGUCACGAGACCGCCGUAGGUAAGGAGGCUCCCGCUGUACUGGGGAGGAGGCUCAGGCUCAGAGCAAACCAGGGACUUGCCCGUGCUCAGGCACCCAGUGGAGGGAGCUGCACCUGGGCCUGUAGAAGCCCAAAGCCUGCGCUCCACACUUCCGUCUUGGCUUCCUACCCAGUGCCACCAAGGCUGGAGCAAUAGGGUUCCUGACCACAAUGCUACCGCAGGGUCAUGCUGGGCCCUGCUCUAGCGACAAAUGCUCUGGAGGCUGUCAUGGGUCCGGGAGGCAGUCUCUGCUUGUAAGUGCCUCCCCCCAGCCCUGCCCCUGCAGCAGUGCCGACAUGCCCACAGUGACACUGGAGGGGAACUGGAGGCCAUUUCCAUGUUUUUCAGGAGAAGAGAGAUGCCCAGACACAGGGUACAUGUUAAGUGACAACAUGAGUGACUUACCCAGUGCCAUAUGGCCAGCUAGUGGCUCAGCUGGGACUCACCCAGUCUCCUGGCUUUUGGGACUAUGGUUUUUCUCCUGCAGCCAGUAUUUAUAGGAAAACAUUUCUUCAAAGGCCCAGAGAGACCUGGCAUUGGUGCUGGAAGCCCUCUGCCAUGUUCCCUCACAUCCCUGUUGCCACCCCACCGGGAAGUGCAGACGACCUGUGAAAUUAUUGUCUAAGGGAAAUUGAUUCCCCACAAACAAAACAACCAUCAUGUCUUUGUUUGUGCUAAGCCCACUGCUCCAGGCUUGAACGGCAGCAGGAACAAGCGAAUGACUCCGUGCUUAGCCAAGCAAAAAAAAAAAAAAAAAAAAGGUGGCUCAAGGUCAGAUGCAGCCUCUGAGGCCAUUUCACAAUGCUGGGCGGCAGCUCUGCCCACUAAUCACCUGGUGCCAGAGACAGCCCAGCGCUCACCGCCCUUGACUGCUCGCGUGGGGAGGAUGCAGAGCAGCUCCCAACACUGGGGGGGAGCAGAGUGUUGGCUUCAGCCCGUCACUCCCAACUUAUGGAGUCAAUUGGUGAAUAUGUUAUAUUUAUUGAGUGCCCAUUUGGUGCCAGGCCCUGUGCUAGGUUCCAGGGAAUUGCUUUUUAUUUUUUUUUUAAGAUUAGAGUAACAGGAAAAAGACAUAAAGUUGAGCAAGAAGUCACAGAAUGGUCUCUGUCCCAUUGAGUGACAGUUGCCACUGGUACAAUCCCAGGGCAAUGAUGAAAUCAAGGGUUUUCUCUCAGCACCAGCUACCAAAUCCUAGAGGGAAUUGUGAUGAGCAAAAUGUAGUCCCUGCCCUCCUAGAGGUCUGGUGUGUGGGCAGACGUUAAGUGAGGAAUCCCACAACACACAGGAGCCGGCUGUGCUGAGUGCUGUGGGGUCCGGGCUCAGGGACAGGUAUGGCGGGGGCAGGGCAUGGCCGAAGUUAAUCCUGAAAUCUGAAGGUUGGCAGCGUAAAGAGCGUAACUGGCAGAGCCGUGGGUACUUCUCAGGUCUCAUCCUUGACAUCGGUGUGAAAUUUGCCAGGAUUGCCUCUGGUCUUUUUAAAGGCCUCACAUCCUUUGUUCCCUAACAAGCCAUCUUCCCUCACUUUCCUUGUGUCUCUCUGAAUGCUGCUUCUCAGGCUCCUUUGUUGAUUCAUGUUCCUCGAAGCUUCCUCAGGGUUCUCUGCUCUCACUAGGAGCAUUCCUGCAGAAAUCUCAUCUGUUCACAGCCUUAAGUCUCUCCUGUCCUGGCACCUAAACCCCUUACCUGCAAGCCAGUUCUUCCUAGGGGCAUCAGAAGCAUGGAUGCCUGUAUCAUCUGCACGGCACCCCAAACCCCAACGUGUCCUAAACUGGUCUCGUAUAAAGAAUGAUCUGGGCUCAGAGUCUCCUCCCACUACUUAGUAGCUAUGUGACCUUGGGCGAGCUCUCAAAGCCCCUGGAGGCUCUGAUUCAUCAUCUGAAAUGAGGACAGGACACCAACCUCACCAGCUGUUGCAAGGGCUAAAUGAAAUAGUGUUGCAUGAUGUGUCGCAAGCACCCAGCGCAAACUAGACACUCAGCGCAGGGGGUCUCGGCCCCAAACCUGGGUCACCCUUGCCUCUUCCUUUUCCUUCACUUUUUAGGCCUAUUUGUUCACCAAAUCUUAACAAUUCCAACUCAUAAAACUUCCCUUGAUUCAUUCCCUUUCUGUGUCCCCUCUGCCAAUGCCCUAACCCAGGCCCUUCUGAUUGCUUUCUCUGCGUUCAGAGAAUUACACACUGAAAACACCGUCGUGGCGCCCAUAGCCCGCCUGUACCAUAAAGCUCAUAUUCUUUACCAAGUCAUGCAGGGCAUGUCCCAGGCUGGCUCACUUACCUUCCCAGAGACCCUCCUGCCACCUCCCUGUGCCUGCAUACUAUUUCAGGCACUGUGCCUUUGCACAAGCUGAUUGACAGGGCUGGAGUGGCCCCACACUCCUCUUGGCCUCCCUCCUGCCUCCUAUCUGGCCACAUUUUGCAGGUAAUGUCAGCUCAUGGCCUCUGCAUCCUCCCCUCUGGGAACCUGGGCUGGGCAGUCUUUCCUCUGUGCUUACGCUGUGACUUUCACUGACUUCCGUUAGGACAUCCUCACAGCACACAGCAGCAGUGCCCCGUGUCCUUGGUGGAUGGUCCGUCUUUUGCUCCAGGGAAGGACGACACAGUGUCCAGCCCAUCUUUGUGCACCCAGGGCCUGACACAGAACUGAACGUGGUGGUGGCCGCUCAGCGUAUUUGCUACGGUAACAAGGUCUCUGGCUGUUCAGGAGACCCUGUUAAUAAACUGAGUAACACUUCAGGGAAAUUGUCAACCCAAGAGAAUCCCUAAUUGAUUUUUUUUUUUUUGUCUAACAGUACAUUCUAGGCCGGCAAAGACUCCCCCUGCCUUCCCUGGGGAGCUUGUCUGCGUCGUGGUGCCACGUUAGUUCCAUCACCCAGUCUCUGUCAUCCUCUUUCUGUUUUCCCUCAUUAUCAUCUUCUUGCUCAUCUGCUUUUUGCUGCCUAACCGAUCCUCUUUCUCUAGUUUAAACAAAAGAAGGGAAAGGUUUUCUGUUUGUCUUCUUUUCCGCUUCCUCCCUUCCUCAAAACCAUCCCGAUAUGUCAGGAUCUUGUAUUGCGGUCGCUGCGGUGCAGGCUGGGUAGCAAUAUGCAAGGGAUUUAUCAACAGUGUCUCAAAAACUAGAGGAAAAUGCUUUCCUUUUUGGCUGGGAUGCAGACGAGCUGAGCUUUGCAGAAUGUCUGCUCCAGAUGCCCGGUGGAAGGCAGGAGCUUGGGGUUUUUUCCUUCUCAGGGGGAGGUGACGGUGCCGUUUUUUAGUUCAACACACACCCUUGCCUGGUGUCCCUACAGCAGGAGCACCCCUCUGGGAGGAGGCCAGGCUGCGGAGAGGGUGAUUACACCCUAAGAAAGCAGUGUGUUCUUCAAAGGGCAGCCUGCAGAGCACGUGCAUCAAAGUCACCUGGGUUUGGCCUCAGAACCUGGGGGGAGGAGGGGUCAUGGUUCCUGGGAGUCAUCAUGUGUGAGGUCCCCAGAUCGUCCCCAAGGGGACAGCUGCCUGCGCUUCAGCCUUUGCCGCCAGUUGAGCGGCAAUGUCUGGCUUGAAAUUCAGACCGGAGUCUUGAGUGGGAAAAGAAUGGAAACAGGAAUUUGGCAUACAACCCAACUUCUGUGCUGUCUAUAAAUAUAAAAUAGAACCCACUAUUAAACUGGCAACAAGAAUCCAACGCUCAGGAAUCCGUAACAUUUACAAAAUCUGUUUUGUUCUAGCACUCACAAAGAUUUCUCUCUUUUUAAAUUUUUAAUUAUGCUAGAUUAUACAUAACAUAAAACUUACCAUCGUAACCACCUUUAGGUGUACAGUUCAGGAGUAUUAAGUACAUUCCUCUUGUUGUGCAUACAGUCUCUGGAACUGUUUUCAUCUUGCAAAACAAAAACUUUAAACCUAUUGAAUGACAAUUUCUUAUUUCUCCCUUUCCCAGCCUCUGGCAACCACCGUUCUGCUUUCUGUCUCUAGGUCCCGCACAGAAGUGGAUCCAUACAAUAUUUGUCUUUUUGUGACUGGCUCAUUUCACGUAGCAUAAUGCACCGCUCAGGUACAAGCUGCUUUCAAAUGGCAUUAACAGUGUUCAGCAUCCCUAUAGCAGAAUUCUGAUUUUCGUUUUUGCCUUGAGCAGUUGUUCGGGGCCCUCAGUGGGUCCCUGACUUCUGGAGAUCUUGGCUCUUUGGCGAGGGUGAGGGCAGGCCUGGCCUUGCUUUGCCAGCUGGGCUUAGCUGUCCUAGCCAGCCAUGUUCUGAGAGACAGUGGCCUUGCCAAUCUUGUAUAAGUCUUUAGAUAUUUCCCCCUUUCACAGUCUCUUCUGUGAAACGUUUAUUUUUCAUUUCAAAGAAAAAAAAUAUACACUACCAUGACUUAGCUCUUGGCCACAAAAGCCAGAAAUUAGUGACUCUCUUUAGUUGGAGAUGGUUCCCUUGGCAACAAAGUCUCUCAUUUCCUUCAACUAAAAGAUCUGCUCUGCUUUGGGGUAAACGUUUUAUUUCUUCUAGAAUUGUAGUUCUCAACCCUGUGUGUUCAUUAGGAUCACCUGGAGGUCUUUGUAAACUAAUCCCAAGCAAGGUCCCCACCUUCCCAGAAAAUAGGCUUCAGCUGGCCUGGGCGUAGGGCCCAGUGUCCUUAUUUUAAAAGGUCAUCUUAAGUGGUUCUGUCACACCGUAGCUGGGAGCCAUCACCCUGAGGCAGACAGUCUGUGCCUUGGCUGCACAAGGGAGCCAUACUCAUGGGACCCCCACCCCUAGGCAUUAAGUCAGCUGGUCUGAGAUGUGGCCUGGGUUAUCAGGUUUUUCAAACUCUCCAGAAGUUUCUAAUAUGCAGCCGAGGUUGAGAUGUACCAUCCUGGGUCUUCAGCUCUCAAAUUUGAGCCUGCGUCAGGAUCACUUGGAGAGCUCCUUAGUUAUGGGCCCUACCCCAGGGUUUCUGAUUUGGUAAGGGAUGGGGCAGAGCCUCUUUUAACAAGUUCCCAGGUGCUGCUGCUGCUGGGCCAGGGUCUGCACUUUGAGGUCACUACUCUAGAUGGCCUUUUAACUAGACUUGCCCACCGCAUUCUGCUUCCUGAUUGGGGGGUUGGUGGACCCCUCCCUCCUCCAAUCUGCUUCAAGCCUGAGACUUCUUAAAGAUACCAGCUUUUCUUUUUCUGAACGUUUUAAACAUUUAAAUAAACAUUAUGAAAUAUUUUUAAAGCAAAGUCAUGUAGAUUUCUUCUCCCAGGGUUAGGAGGUUCAGAAGAUUCCUGAAUUAAGAAUUUAUCUGUGCCUAGGACUAGGAUGCAUUUUGUGAUCUGAGCUAAGGGGUUGGUAUCUCUGGAGUUUGGGACCAGCCUGUGCCAGGGGAGUGUCACUCUGUGACUUGUGAUGGAGUGGGACCUGAGUGCCGCACCGACACCCUCUAGCACAGGAAGACCAACCUGGCCCAGCUGCGUGAAAGCCUGGCCUUCUGACACAGCUGCAGCACUCUGCCCACCCACCACACCUGUGCACACGAAACACAGAAGGUGACAUUGAGGAAGCAUCCCCCAGCAAGAGGGGCUGCCGUGACCCCAAGGGGUAGGGUUCACGCCCACUUUAUCAUGCUCUUUCUUUUCUGCGGCCCUUGGGAAAAGGCUUGAGUUGAAACCAGCUAGUUAGGACCUGGUAUCUGCCUCGAUCUCUUCUCCCUCCUCCAAGUGGCUCCCAGCAGGGAGGUCCCUAGCGAGAACCUCAAUCCCCUGGCACCUCAGAAUUCCACAUUCAGCCACAAAGUUGACAAGAACCCUUGAAGAUCUUGAAGACUUAUUAAAGGAGCAAAUGGUUACUACUUCAUUGAAUCAAGGUGAAAACACACCUUACUUCUCAGGAACGAAGCCAGCAAGUUCACACGGCCCCCAGGUACCUGAAACUCAGGUGAAAGAAAAUUAAUUAGUUUUGAGCCCCUGAAAUAGAUGCUCUAAAGCUGUGUAAGAAAGGUCAAACACUUCACUAACAGCAAAUACCUCGUGGCAUUGACUUUCAUUUUAAAUUAAGUUCUAGUGAACUUGACUUUGGUUUCUAAUAAUAAAGCAAAGCAAGAGACUGAUAACAGGUGCCAGAUAGAGCAAGAAGUGGCAACUAAUAGCCUAAUCAUGCUAGUAUUAAGAAGACCAAAACUAUAAUAUAUGUCUCAGAAGCCUGAGGUCGUUGUAGGGUGGGAUGGGGCAAAUAUGUCAUAGUAACCCCGAGGGCAACAAGGCCUUUCAGCUCAGAUCACCCUGUGACAUCCGCAGUGUGCAGGGGUACAGGAAUGUUAAAUGUUUGAUAGACUACCUGUAGGAAGGCGGGGAAGCAUAUUAUCCACUUUAGAAUUAGUUCCAUUCCCAAACACUUAAAACCCACUCACAAAAGUCUUGGUGCUUAAGAGAUAAACCCUCGGUUAUGUUGACAUUUGUGGAAGUGAAGUGGUUCAUCAACGGAUGGUGCAGGAUGGACGAGAUGGGCAAACUCACUGUUUUGUACUUAAUGUUUUCUCUCUGACAUUGGCAACGCUCUCCUGCUGCCUGUCUCCUAAGAAUAAAGGACAGUGUGUGUGUUGGGGGUGACAAGCCCCUUCCCCCUUCCCACCUCAAAGGGGCCUCACAGCAUGGCUGAUGGUGUGGCCAGGACACCCUCCUUCUCAUCUGAUUCUGUCCUUGUGCACGGGAGGGGUUGGGACCAUGGCUGGGGCUGGGCUGGCUCUAUAAGGACUCAGGCCUGGGUUUAUCUGUGAAUUUAAGAAUAUGACCCCCCCCCCACAGGUGAAUGUUUCUACUUUCUAAACACCAUCACCAUCCAUUUUCUCAUGGGACUUUGCUGUGUCCCUGUGAGGAGGACAGGGCAGAUAGCAGCCACGCUCCUUGACUGAGGCCCAGAAAGAUGGCAGUAGUGUGUCCCAGGUCCCCAGCUAAGGAUGGGUGGUGGAGGGCCCAUGUUGGGGCCCAAACUUCCCCCAGGCAGAGGGGCUGGAGGGCGGGGCAGUGGCAGUGUCCCUCUCUUGCCACCCGAGGCACUUUCUUCUCCCCUCUGAGGUUGUCGGGCUGGUGUGGCAUCUGCUGCAGGCCUGGGCUUGACCUUGGCCUCACGCCCUGCCCAGCAUCUGUGUGGAGGGGCCUGGCUGGUUUUCAUUUUGCUUUGGGGCCAAACCCAGCAGCCUUGGGCGGGAGGCCAAGUGGGGCAGGAGGGGAGGCCGUGGGACUUGGCAGAGUCAUGCAAGGCCACAGGCCUGAGCAAAGCAGGAGUGGGGGGUGGGGUUAACCCUGCUGCUAUGGCCAUUUGGGAGGUGGCUGGUGGGGUCCCCCCCAAGUGGCAGCCCUGCUAGUGCCCCUGGAGUCCAGUCUCCUAUACCCGUCCCCAGUGGGACACUUGGCCCUCCCAGUGACUGGCUCAGCAAGUCCCUGUGCUCCAGAUUGCCCUGAGGGGCAGCCGGUCCCCCGGGGCCUCCCACACGCUGCACCCAUGAUGUCGGUGUGCGGCAGGGGCUGGGCGGCCUGCAGAUUCCCGUUCUGGACCGGGCCAGCCUCCCUUCAGGGAGCUGUAACUUUUCUUCAGUGCUGAGUUGCCUGAACUGUGAAACUCGUGUAUGUGUCUAUGUAUUUUCUAAAGAUUACCACUUUGUCUCAGCAAGCAUGCAAUAGAUUGUUCAAUGGUACGGUUUGGAGUCAGUCCCAUGCCACCUCCCACCCAAAAUACCACCAGGACAGACACUGGUGUCAGCAGAGGAGCUGUGGACACCUCUUGUCCUGGAGCCAGGUGCACACUGCCUGCUCUGGAGUGUAGCUUCAGCCCAGGUGUGACAUCAGAUUCCCGGAGCAGGGGUCCUGCUCAGGGGCUCACAUGAAGGCAGACACAAGAGACUGUCCCUGAGGGAUUGGUGGCACUGACUCACCCCUGGGCGGCCUCCAGCAUGUGAAGACAAAGUACCGCCACGUACGUGGCCUCUGUCGUUCCUCCCUUGUACUCUCUGCAGGAGCUGAGUCCGCCGUGCAGAACACCCCGCAGAGCCUUUCCACGGGAGGAGAAAGGGAGGCCCACGACGUCCUUUGCUGGGACCUGUCUGAAAGGCCCCUCCUUGCUCUGCUGAUUAACUCCCUCCCCUGCCCGGGACAGAAAGGCUGUGCCAUUCUGAGAGUUCAGGGAGGUAGGGCUGCAGCCCUGGUCUUGUCCUGAUGCAAAUUUUGUUCUGGGAGCAGUGAGUGGUUCAUACCAACUCCUGCAGCAUAAUUCCAGCUUGUGUGUGGCUGUCCUUGAGCAGCGAUUCUGAAGUGACGUCUGUGACGCUAUGCCUGAAAACAUAAUCAGGGUACUUUGUAUCUGUCACUGUGUUUGAAAGGCCCUCAAUUUCUAUCUAAUAAAGCCAGCUGAAUGGUUCAUCUAGCAAAGACUCUUUGGCCAUGGCUGUGUGUGCGCGCACCUGUAUGUGUUUGGGGAAGGGGCUAGACUGGGCAGACAGUAGCACAGCCCAGCAUGGGGAGGUUGCCAGGUAUUUUGAAGACCCCACCCUGGGCACACCUGUGGGCAGUGUCAGGGACACAGGAGAAUCAGGAAGCCUGUUGGCGUGUGGCAGAAGUAGUCACCUAACUCAAGGAGUAGGUGGGCUCACAGGAAGGGCUCGGAGCCCAGAUCAAGAUGGAGUGGAACUGAGCUGGUGUACAAGGGCGCGUGAGGACGUGGAGAGGGGACCCUGGGGCUUAGCGGAAGGAGGGAGUGUCGCUGAGGGCCGCAGCUGCCUGCCGCAGGUGGGGUUGAGAUGCGAUCAUAAUUGGAAACAGACUCCACGGCUGAGCAGACCUGCCCCUCUCUAAGCACAGCUUCUCAUCAAGGUCCAGAGUCACAUUGCAGGCAUUUGAGCACUAAUUAUCCUCUUACAGAAAACAAAAAUAAAAACUUCUUUCAGUGCCAAUCCUCUUGAGUAUAUUUAAAACA